CCAGCUGAUCGGCCUCGACUCCCGGUGCGGUCCGUCGGACUGUACGCGGCCGUUGGUUUCUUAUAUUUUGUUAAAAUUGCCUCGAAUUUAUGGUAGCGGCCGCUCGUGUCCGCAUCUUACAGUUCUUACGCUGCAUUUUCUGCUCGGGGAUUUCGUUGUAAGGUAUUUUUCAUCAAACUUCGAGCCGAGGAAUUCCCGCACAAGCACUAGGCCGCGAGCGGAUCCCCGAAGUUUCCUGCAGAAACCUGCCGCCUUCACAUCGCCACCAUGGGGGACACAGGAAGCGAGCGCAGCAAGCCGCCUAGUAUUCCUCCCCGCUGCCCUUGUGGAUUUUGGGGGUCCAGCAAAACCAUGAAUCUUUGCUCCAAAUGUUUUGCUGACAUACAGAAGAAGCAGCCAGACGAGGACUGCACUCCAGAACCCGCCCCCAGCUCCAGCAAUAGCCAAUCAGCAGUCUUCUGUAAUGAGACGAGCAGCAGCAGUAGCCAAACCCUGUCCUCCAAGCCAGCCAGCUCCGAGGAGCCCUCGACAGAAGCCACGCCUCUUCCUGCACAGGACGAAGUCUCCAGUACAGACACCGCUCGCGGCACGCUAUCCACUCCUACAAAACGACCCUGCGACUCAGCCUCAGGUUCAGAGAGCGAGUCGUCCCCGGAGAAGCGUGUCCGUGUGGGAGAAGCCUCAUGUUCUGAAGACUCUCCACGGGUUCCCAGGCAGAAGAAUCGUCGGCGGUGCCAUCGCUGCCAAACCAAACUGGAGCUCGUACAACAGGAGCUGGGGUCCUGUCGCUGUGGUUAUGUGUUCUGCAUGUUGCACCGAUUGCCAGAGCAGCACGACUGUAUGUUUGACCAUCUGGGCCGCGGCCGAGAGGAAGCCGUGCUGAAGAUGGUGAAACUGGACCGCAAGGUGGGCCGAACCUGCCAGCGCAUUGGAGAGGAGUGCUCUUGAACACACACACACACACACACACACACACACACACACACACACACACACACCCACACACAUACACACACACACGCAUUUCCACUGAUCACACAUACUCACCCAUUAGUGGCAUCUUUUAUCCUCCAACACAUCUCAGAGGACCCCGCACCCCCCUGCUUGACCUCUGACCUCUGACCUGUGACCCCUCAGCAGCCACACAGGCGAACCCGCACAGCCUUAACUUUCUGUUAUCAGUCCCUCACACGCGCAGGUCAGCAGGUCAGACCCGUUUUUCGGAGAACUGCUCUGGUCUGCGAUCGACUCCAGGGGAAACACAUCGAUCGGUCCAGACUUCUAGGGAUUUUUUCUGCUCCAUCACGCAGACGGAUGAUUACUGAGGGAAGAGGGGUGACCUGGAUCACACGAGUCACCCCCUGUCCCGGGAAAUAAACCUCAGCUCUGUUUUGGCUCUUAUUGGUGUGAGCCACUUCAGAGCCGAGGUCGUUUUACACACAUACACACUCGCUCACACAUAUGCACUUACAGCCGUGUUUUCAUGUGCCGUUCUGGCGAAAUCAAACGGUACCCUUUCAGUUUGGCUUGGGAAAAAUGGCCGCCCACAGCUCAUCUGAGAACUGUAGUUCGUUCAGGUCUGAAUAAACACACUCUGUAACCUCGUACAGCUCCCAUCAGCCCUUGCGUCGUCAUACACUCUGCCUCUUUUAAAAGCAGCUGAAGAUUUCGGCGGCUUUUUUUUUUCUCUCUCAUUCGUUGCUCUCAUUAUUCUCACUAGUUCCUGUACUUCUGCUCAUGCUAGCCUUUCUUUCUGUAUUUUUUUGUCUUUCUUUUCUUUGCUUCCCUUUCAUCAUGGCAUUAUGGAGGGAUGCGUUCAGCUCUGGUGGGAACGAGGAAGGCGGAGUCUCAAUUUAGCCCCCCGACUCCACCCUGCGCUUUUAUUUUAAUUAGAUUUUUUUUGGUUUUACUACUACUUCGGUUUUUGUUUGAGAUUUCCACAUGGAAUGAACUGAAGAUAAGAGAUGAAUAUUGUGUAUCUUAAAAA